CACAAUUGCUUUAAUUAAUAUUAAUUCAAUAUUUGAUGCAUUAAAAACUGUGGAUUCCUAUUCCAAAUGAUUUUAAACCAAAAUAAGAUCAUCUAAUUAUCUAAGGGGAAUUCACAAAACCUAAUGGGAAAUCUAGAUUACUUUAUGGUUAUGAUCAUUACGUCGUAUGCGUUAAGGUAAAUCAAUUUCGUUAAUUAAUUAGAAGGAUGGGUAGAUGAAAAAGUGUAUAAAGUUAGAAUUCGAUACUAAAUUUGAAAUAGUAAGAUAAGCAGUUUAGAAAAAAGAUGAAGAUGACGAUUCACUUGGGCCAAUAAUAGGAAUUUAAUUUUUAAGAGAUAUUGCUGAAAUAAUGCCUACCUAUAAAUUAAGUGCUUCAGCAAAAUUAAUAUUAGAAUGGAGAUAAUACUUAAGUCCAAGAAUUAAUUAAUGGCAGUUUCAUCAUAUGUUUAGAGUUUAUAAAAAAAUUGGAAAAGGAAAUUUUGCUUCAGUAUGAAUAGUUAUUUUAUAAAAGGUCUAUAUGGCUGAAAGAAUAGAAGAUGGAGAAGAAUUUGCGAUAAAAGCUUUUGCAAAAUAGGCUGCAUAUGCAGAAGAGAAUGGGAAAGAAGCCAUUUUAAAUGAAUUGGCAAUAAUGAGGAAAUUACGAAACAAACAUUUAAUGAGAUUAUUUGAAGUUUAUGAAACAUAGAAUUCUUUAUAUGUAGCUUUAGAAUUAUUGGAAGGAGGAUCCUUAUUUGAUUUGAUCAAAGAUAAAGUUCCUAUUAAUAUAAAAUAAAUACAAUAAAUAAUGGUGGGAAUAUUAAUUGGUUUGUAGGAAAUGCAUAAAAAAGAAAUAAUGCAUAGAGAUUUAAAACUUGAAAAUAUAUUAUUUAAAACUCCAAAGUAUAAAUUAAUAAAAAUAUUUAUUAGGAAAAUGGAAACAGUAGUAAUAGCUGAUUUUGGUUUAGCAACUCAUGUUAAUGAACCAGUUUAUUUAUAUUGUAGAUGUGGAACUCCUGGUUAUGUAGCACCUGAAGUUAUUAAUAUAAAGGAUAUGAAAUCUAAAUAUUCAUCAAUCUGUGAUAUUUAUAGUUUGGGAUUAGUGUUUUAUUUAUUAUUAUCUGGUAAACCAGCAUUUAAUGGAAAAAGUUAUGCUACUGUUGUUAAAUAAAAUAGAGAAGCUAAUAUAGAUUUUGAAAUCAAACAACUUUAAAAUGCACCAGGAGCUGCUAUUGAUUUAUUAAAGUAAAUGUUAGAAAAAGAACCAAAAAAAAGAUUAAAUGUUGAUAAAUGUUUACAUCACACUUUUUUAUCUGAAAUGACAAAAUAAAUGUUCGAAUCUGAAAAAGAAGAUUCAUAAAACAUUGACGAAGUUGAUGAGGGUAAUGAUGUUCAAAAUAUGAUGAAUAAAAUUAAUGAUGAGUAAUCCUAUUUAUUUUAUUUAGGUAUUCUAAAUUUGAUGCUUCAAGGAAUAUUAAUUCUCCUCUUUUAUCACCAAAGCAAUCUCCAGGUUUAAUUAUGUAAAAACAAAUUUAGCAAUAAAAAUAAAUUGAUUCAAAUAAAGCAGUAGGUCAUGACUCACCAUUGUUGAAAGGAAAAGUUGAUUCAGUUGAUAGUGCAUAAUCAAUUGGAACUCCUACAAAGAAAAAUAAUUAAUAUUAACCAUCACCAUAAAUCAAACCUUCAAGAUUUGCCAAAUAAGCUGAAAAUAAUCCUUUAAUGAAAUAUGCAAAAAAAGACUGAAAAUUUAUCAAAUGU